AUGGGUAAAGCAUACAGUAAACAGGAGGAGAUUGUAAUCGCCCAAAAUGGUGCAAAUAGCGCAAGUAACAGUUCUUUGGAGCAAAGGAUUGAAUUAUACGGACUUGUUAUGGCAAGUUCACUAGCGAUUAUAUUUAUCGUUGCAGUAUGGAUUGUGUUCAAAAGAUGUCAUAUUGGGGCAAAGAAGUGGGCUCGUAAGGAGCUCAUCUCCGCAGUAUCGUUGAGCCAGGUGGACAAAGCCGCUCAACAGCCUGCUACUGUUCCCUAUGUGUGA